GUGAGGGAAGGACAGCAGAUAUCUGAGUUGAGAAGGCAGUUUUCUGGCCAACUUAUCAACGCUUCAAUGCUGCUCCUCAUCCUCCUACUCUUCAAGGGGCUUGUCUGCCAUGGGGAAAGUGCAGUGGCUCCCCAGGCUUUAGGAUUGCACCACCGAGCAGCAGCAGAAGAGCCUCUCAUUUUCCGUGUGCUGCACAUUGCCUCCUUCAAAAACAACAGCUGGGUACAAUCCCAGGGUUCAGCCUGGCUGGGCGAGCUGCAGACUCACGGCUGGAACGGUACUAUAGGCACCAUCCAGUUUCUAAGGCCCUGGUCCCAAGGAAACUUCAGCAAGGAGGAGAUGAAGAACCUCCAGGCACUUUUGCAACUAUACUUCCAUGGCUUCCCCAUGGAAGUGCAGACCUUUGCUCAUCAGUUUCAACUUGAAUACCCCUUUGAAUUUCAGAUGUCAGCUGGAUGUAGUUGGCAUGGUGGGCAGGUCUCGGAGAACUUCUUAAAGGCAGCAUACCAAGGAUCUGAUUUCCUGAGUUUCCAAGGAGGUUCCUGGAAGCCAUCUCCAGGAGCAGGAAGUCGGGCUCAGAACGUUUGUCAGAUGCUCAAUCGCUAUCGAGAUAUUAAGGAGAUAGUGCAGCACCUUCUCAGUAACACCUGCCCUCGAUUUCUGGCAGGCCUCAUUGCAGCAGGGAAGUCAGAGCUGGAACAGCAAGUGAAGCCUGAGGCCUGGCUCUCCAGAGGCCCCAGCCCUGGGCCUGGCCAUCUGCAGCUGCUGUGCCACGUCUCUGGCUUCCACCCCAAGCCAGUGUGGGUGAUGUGGAUGAAAGGUGAGCAGGAGCAGAAGGGCACUAAGAGAGGGGACAUCCUGCCCAAUGCUGAUGAAACAUGGUAUCUCCAAGCAAGUCUGGAUGUGGCGGCUGGGGAGGCCGCUGGGCUGUCUUGCCGAGUGAAGCACAGCAGUCUGGGAGGCCACGAUAUAAUCAUCCACUGGGCAGGUGGAUUCUCCGUUCUCUUGACUCUGAUGUAUCUGAGUGUAAUAGUCACUCUGGUUGUGCUUGUGGUCCUGGGCUCAUGGUGCAAAAAGCAGUGCUCAAAUCGGAAUGUCCUCUCUUCCUGCAUAUCCAACCCUGCUUUUCCCUCAAAAAACAACACGCGAUGCCCUAGAAGUUCAGUCCAUCAGCUCAGCUUGUCACAAGAAUCACGGGUCAAAACCAGAAUCCUGAAGUGGAAAAGAAGCCUAAACCAUUUCUGGUGACAUUAGUUUAUAUUACACAUGAAAUCCUUAUUUGUUUCUUAAAUAUCAUUCAUAUCUAGUAAAAAAGUUACACUGUUAUUAAAAAGGAUUGAUUUUCAAAGAUAUUGAGGUUCUAUUUGCAAAUUUUUACUUUUAAUCUUCCAGUAAUAUUGUUUCUUCUGUGCUUCCAUGUUCAUCAACAUUGAUACCUCAAGCUGAACCUCAGAUGGUUCUUUCUAUAUAGAGAUGUCACUGGAUUGCUUAGCUAAAAGCAUUGUAUUCUCCCAAAGUUAGAUUUAUAUUCCUCAACCCAUCCAUCUCUUCUGCUCUAUCAGCAUUGAUUCUGGUUUUUUCUCUCUUCCUUCUCUCAGAUGCUUGAAAGUAAGACUUAUGCAUAUGUACCUGUGUAAGCACUCACAGUCCCAUGCUCUGAAGGACCCAGCUGGAAUUAAUGGUCUUUUGUUGCCAUCUUGCAAUUUCUUCAUAAUUUUCCAAAAAGGAUAUAGCAUUUUCAUUUUCCAAUUCCCUGCAGCAAAUUAUGUUGCUGCUUCUGCCUGAAUAUAAUGGAUCUCAA